AUGUCACUUUUACUCAACAACCCAGAGGUGCUUAAGAAGGCCCAAACCGAAAUUGACACCAAGAUAGGGGAAUCCAGACUGAUUAAUGACACUGACCUUUCUGAGCUUCCCUAUGUCCAAGCAAUCAUCAAAGAGACACUCCGAAUGUUCCCAGCUGCCCUAAUCCUACCAACACACGAGUCAUCAGCUGAGUGCACUGUUGGAGGUUUUCGUGUUCCCCGUGGCACGAUGCUAUUGGUGAAUGCGUGGGCAAUACAAAACGACCCCAAUUUAUGGGAAGAACCCACAAAAUUCAAGCCUGAAAUGUCCAUCAGUCUAGGAGUAGUAAGAGAUGGCUUCAAGUGGAUGCCAUUUGGGUAUGGAAGGAGAGGUAUAANCUUUGAGUGUGAGAGAGCUGGCGAAGGGCUUCUGGACAUGAGUGAAGGGGCAGGACUCACAAUGCCAAAGGCUCGGCCAUUGCUGGCAAAAUGCAGGCCCCGCCAUUCCAUGGAACACUGGGCAAUGUCACUUUUACUCAACAACCCAGAGGUGCUUAAGAAGGCCCAAACCGAAAUUGACACCAAGAUAGGGGAAUCCAGACUGAUUAAUGAUACUGACCUUUCUGAGCUUCCCUAUGUCCAAGCAAUCAUCAAAGAGACACUCCGAAUGUUCCCAGCUGCCCUAAUCCUACCAGCACACGAGUCAUCAGCUGAGUGCACUGUUGGAGGUUUUCGUGUUCCCCGUGGCACGAUGCUAUUGGUGAAUGCGUGGGCAAUACAAAACGACCCCAAUUUAUGGGAAGAACCCACAAAAUUCAAGCCUGAAAGGUCCAUCAGUCUAGGAGUAGUAAGAGAUGGCUUCAAGUGGAUGCCAUUUGAGUAUGGAAGGAGAGGUUGUAACGGGGAGGGUUUGGCAAUGAGAGUGGUUGCAUUGGCAUUAGGAUCACUGAUUCAGUGCUUUGAGUGUGAGAGAGCUGGCGAAGGGCUUCUGGACAUGAGUGAAGGGGCAGGACUCACAAUGCCAAAGGCUCGGCCAUUGCUGGCAAAAUGCAGGCCCCGCCAUUCCAUGGAACACGUACUGUCCCAACUUUGA